AUGUACCAAAGUCGGUUGUGUUCCGCGGAUCCAGCCUCGAGGCUGGAUCUAGGAAACCUGAUCAUCAAUAUGCAGAACUGCAACAUCGCCCUAAAACACCGCGAAUAUCCGUCGGACCUGGAUGCACUUCACACGUCAGAAUCGAUUGUCCGAUGUUUGCCGGCAGAAACUCAGACAGCCUGGGCGACCGAGGCCGAUCGAAUCGAGAAAAGGAACAGAGAGGCGACAUUUGACGAACUCGCCCAAUUCAUAGGUUGUCAAUCUGACAUAGGAAAUAGUCGAUUCGGUCAACUGGAGAAGGAAAGCAUCAGGACCGCUAGGCCUUUAACCAACUUGACACCAUCUGGAUCUCGAGGUUCCCUUAACCCCACGCAACUGGGCGAGCACCAACUUAUUCUCAUAUGA